CAGGUGGAGUGCUCCGGCACCAGCAUCACCGCAGUCCCCAGCCCCAUCCCCGCCAAUGCCAUGACGCUCCAGAUCAUCAACACACGUAUCGCCGAGCUGGGUGACGCGUCCUUUGGCAACGCCUCCCUGCUGAUUGGGCUGCGCAUCGAGAAGAACAACCUGUCGCGCAUCAGCCCCGGGGCCUUCCAGCACCUGCCCGACCUGCGCUACCUCAGCCUGGCCAGCAAUAAGCUGCAGGAGCUCCCCGUGCAGGUCUUUGAGCCCCUGGACAAGCUGGAGUCGCUGCUUCUCUCCAGCAAUCAGCUCCUCCAGGUUGAGGCUUCCCACUUUGUCCACCUGAGCAACCUCAAGGAGCUGCAGCUGCACGGGAACAACCUGCAGGAGCUGAAGGAAGGUGUGUUCGACCAGCUCACCAGCCUCACCAAGCUCAACCUGAUCCCGGCAGGCACCUUUGACGGACUACCAGAGCUGCAGGAGCUGGGGCUGCACCAGAACCAGCUGGAGAUGCUGUCCCCGGAGCUCUUCAUGCAUAACGGCAACCUGCAGAAGCUCUACCUGUCCAACAACCUCCUCACUGCCCUGCCAAGCGGCGUCUUCUUGCCCCUGCGUGCCCUUGCCAAGAUCACCCUGCAUGUCAACUGCAUGUCACGCCUGCGGGACAUCUCCCCCAGUGCCUUCGGGCCCAUGCCCGACCUGCGGGAGCUGUGGCUCUAUGAGAAUGAGCUUUCCACCCUCCCCACCGCUGUCUUUGGCAACCUCACCCAGCUGCAGCUCCUGGUCCUCAGCAAGAACCGGCUACGGUCAGUGGCGCCGGGGGCUUUCCGGGGCUUGGGGGAGCUGCUGGAGCUGUCACUGCACUCUAACACCCUGCGCCGCCUGGAUGCCCAGGCACUGGAUGGGCUGCCCAAGCUCGCCCUGGAGUACCUGCCCGCUGGCAUCUUCUCCCCACUGGCCGCCCUGCGAGAGGUGAAGCUGCACAACAACUCCUGGCGCUGUGACGAGGGCAUCCUGCCCCUGCGGGGCUGGCUGGAGAACAACCCCCACAAGGUGGGCGAGACACCCCCCCUCUGUGCUCAGCCCCCUGCCCUGCGGGGCACCCCCAUCGCUGGGCUGCUGCGGGACCAGCACCUCACCCCUCAGACCCCCACUGCCUCCUCCCAUCCCAGCACCCCGCUCCCUGCUCGCCCCUCUGAGGCAGCAUGGCCAGAGGGUGCCGGGACGGAGACCCCCAUGGGGCUGCCGGUCUCCCCCCAGGAGGAGGAGAAGGAGGAAGGGUGGUGGGGACUGACACGCACACAGAGCGGGGUGGUGGUGGCAGUCAUCGUGCUGGUGUGUGUGGCCCUGCUUGCCGCUCUCGUGGCACUGGUGGUCUAUGGCUGUAGGAAGAAGAGCCACGUGGUGCUCAUGAGGAUGAAGGCACCUAAUGAAGCCUGA